UUAGAAAAACCAUCGGGCUCAAAUGAGGAAGCUGCCGCUGUUGUUCAAGCAAUUGACUAUCAUAAUGCGGGUCCUUCUGCAGUUAAGGUCGAAAAAAUUGGGUCUUCCAAUCCCCUUAAAGAUUUUGAAGAAAUGAUGGCACGCAGAGAUGGAUCAAAAUGGGUUGAAAAAGCAAUCAAAGAAAUGCAAGACCAUAUUUAUGACCUUCUAGAAAAUUCUUAUAAAAGAGACAACCAUCUAAAUGCAACCGAAUGUUUGAUAGCUCUUCGCAACAGUUGCAUUCGGGAGCAGGAACCAAAGAAGUUCAAUGAUUUCCUGCAUUAUCUAUGUGAAAAUCAGAAGACGCUGGAUCUCCGUGAUUUCUUUGAGCUUCUUUCAUCCAAAAAUAUCACUUUAAUCACUAAAACUGAAGCUGCAGACAGUGACGUGAAGAUGGAAGAUGCCAAACUUUUGCCCCUAAAAAAUGAGAUAAUUUCUCAAGAGUAAGGAAAUCUUAUACGCUGAGUGCUCCUCGCUAACGGUUGAUGCUUUAUUAUUGACAGAAACUGUAGGUGGGGAUUCUUGUAAUUAGGCUGCUUUCCAGGUGAUAAAUUUUGAAUUGUAAUAUGUAAAUUUAACCGUAGUCAGUUCCUGCGUCUUCUUUGAAGGUGCAUUAAGUAGUCACAAAGCUUUGUUUUGUUUGAAUGAUAUUAGAAAGUGCCUCUAUGGUUUCCAUGCAUGCAUAUGGAAAAAACGAAAUAUAUCUUCGGUAGAUGUCUUCUUCGGACUAAA